AUGGACCAAAGUGAGGUUACUUUACUCUACAGAGUUAGAAAGACCGUUCUCUAGAUGCUUAAGGACCGUAGUUACAUAGUCAGUGAUAAGAAACUAAAUCAGACCCUUGAUGAGUUCAAAGCAAGUUACAAUGGCUCGAGAGAUUCAUUGAAUCUUCUAGUUGAAAGAAGAGCAUAGCAUGAUGCAGAGGGAAAUGUUAUAGUCUCAGAUGAGGCUUAGAGAUUGAUUGUGUUCUUUCCAGAUCAAGAUAAGCUCAACAUGCAAGCAUUAAAGCAAAUAGCUUUGAAAAUGAUAGAAAUUAACUGUUUCAAUUCUGUAGUUGUUAUUAAGGGAGCAACACAGAUCUCAAGAAGAGAACUUGAUGAACUGAAGCCAUGUGAAAUUGAGUGCUUCUUGUAAUAAGAGUUACUGGUAAACAUUACUGAGCAUGAGUUGGUCCCCAAGCAUGAAGUGCUUUCUGAUUAAGCAAAGCAUGAACUCCUGAAGAAAUAUCGUGUUAGAGAUUCCUAACUUCCCAAAAUUCAAGUUGAAGACCCAAUUGCUAGAUACUAUGGAGUAAAGCGUGGCUAGGUAAUGAAGAUUGUAAGAGCAUCUGAGACAGCAGGACGUUAUGUGACUUAUAGAUUAGCAUAUUGA